AUGCCGUUCUCCAACUUUGGUGUGCUCCUCGCGGCCAUAUCGGGCACAUUCGCUCACUCAUACCAUGGCUCAAGCUCAUCGUUGGCGAACGCACCUUACAAGAAUCCCUCGCUGCCAGUUGAGACGCGAGUCCAAGACUUACUCUCCCGCAUGACAAUCGAAGAAAAGGCCUCCCAGCUCAUGCAAGGCGACAUUUCAAACUGGCUCAACACAACCACCGGAGCCUUCAACCACUCCGGUCUCGUUGAGAACUUUGCACAAAAAGCAGGAAUGUACUACGUCGGAUACCCCAUCAGCUGGGAGUGGCUGUCCGAAAACAUCAAGCGUGGUCAAGACUACGCCAUCAAUGACACCAGACUCGGUAUACCUGCAAUCGUACAGACUGAAGGUAUCCACGGCUUUCUCAUUGGCAACGCCACCAUCUUCAACAGUCCCAUCGCCCACGCUUGCAGCUGGAACCGCACCCAAGUUCACGAGAUGGCACUUCAAAUCGGACGAGAGGCUCAGGCCUUGGGUGUGUCUCAACUGUUUGCCCCUCUAGCAGAUCUGGCUCGCGGGCUCAGGUUUGGACGCGUAGAGGAGACUUUUGGCGAAGAUACCUAUCUCGCCGGAGAGCUGGCAUAUGCCUACACCAAAGCCAUCCAGUCUCUAAACGUAUCUGCCAUGAUCAAACACUUCACAGCAUCCAGCGAGCCAGAGCAAGGUCUAAACGUCGGGCCCGUGCACGGAGGCGAGAGGGAACUGCGAACAACUUGGCUGCCAGGGUUCAAGAGGACCAUCAUCGACGCCGAUGCGUGGGCCAUCAUGAGCGCAUACAGUAGCUAUGAUGGAAUACCUCAAGUCGCUGACGAAUUCACCCUAACCGACAUUCUGCGAACCGAGUGGGGCUAUGAGUACUACGUGUCCUCCGACGCUGGCGCGACAGACAGACUGGCCAGCCCCUUCCAGAUCUGCCCAUCCCCAUUGAACACAUACAACAACCCCAUCACCGGAGGCAACGAAUGUGUCACCCUGAACGCCUUGCCAGCGGGCAACGACGUCGAAAUGGGUGGCGGUAGCUUCAACUUCCGCUCAAUCCCAGACCUCGUGGCCGCUGGUCGUCUCAGUGAAGAUGUGGUCGAUCUUGCGGUGAGCAGAGUCUUACGCACAAAGUUCACGAUGGGACUCUUCGAGACGCCGUAUCAGAUCGCGCCAGCGAGCGAGUGGGAUAACAUCAUCAAUACACCUGCCGCGAAGCAGCUUGCUCGAGAGCAGGAUCGGGAUAGUAUUGUGUUGCUGAAGAAUAAUCAUGACGUCUUGCCUAUCGCGAAGGAUAAGAAGGUAGCUGUCAUUGGUCCGAUGGCGCAUGGCUUCAUGAACUAUGGUGACUACGUCGUCAACGGCAGUCAAUACCGCGGCGUGACGCCUCUCGAUGGCAUCCGCCUUGCUCUCGGCAACGACAGCGUGACUUACGCACAAGGUACCGAGCGUUGGAGCCUUGAUCAAAGUGGUUUUCCGGAAGCCAUUUCAGCAGCUGAGGACGCGGACGUAGCAGUUAUGGUGGUGGGUACAUGGUCUCGGGACCAGUUCCAGCUCUGGCAAGGCUUCAACGCCACCACCGGCGAACAUGUCGAUCAAUCGUCGCUUGAUCUCGUUGGCGCUAUGAGGCCACUCGUCGAAGCCAUCAUCAACACCACCACACCCACCGUCGUCGUCUUCAGCUCCGGCAAACCAGUGACGGAAGCGUGGAUCUCCAACACCACAGCCAGUCUCGUGCAGCAAUUCUACCCAUCCGAGGAAGGCGGCAACGCCCUCGCAGAUAUCCUCUUCGGAGAUGUCAACCCCAGUGGCAAACUCACCGUCUCUUUCCCGACGGAUGUUGGAACCCUCCCAGUCUAUUACGACCACCUGAACUCCGCCCGACAGAUCGGAGACUCGGGUUUCCUUGGUGAAGAUGGUGUGCUCUACUUCGGCCAUCAGUACGUCCUCGGUACUCCAGAUCCGUGGUUUCCAUUCGGAUAUGGCCUUUCGUACACCAAUUUCACUUACUCCAACGUUACACUGUCGGCCACCAACGUCUCUGCCUCCGACACCAUCACCGCGAGUGUCGAAGUGACGAACGAGGGUGAUCGUGAUGGCGCUGAGGUGGUGCAGCUGUAUGUGAAAGAUGUGCUGGCGAGUGUUGAUGUACCGAACAUUCAGCUCAAGGGUUUCGACAAAGUGUUCAUCCCGGCUGGAGAGACGCAGGAAGUAGCGAUUGAGUUGCAGGUCAGCGAGGUAGGACUGUGGGACAAGAAGAUGAAGUAUGUGGUCGAGCCGGGGGAGUAUGUGGUUUUCCUGAGCAAGAGUAGUGCGGACAGGGCACAAAAUGCGUCGUUCUGGGUCAGCUGA